AUGGCUGCUGCUCUGCCCCGUGAGGACAGCCCACUGACCGGCCACCCGUCCAGGUCUGAUCGUAACGGACUGGGAGGAUUGGUGCAUUGUUUUAUCUGUGGCAGUGGAGUGUCACCUGGAAAGGAAUUGCAGUUACAAGUCAUUUAUCACAAAGAAAGGAGUCCCUUUUUCCCAUUUCUUCAAAACCAAGAACCAGCGCCGGGUGCGCGUGAGCUGAGCCCGGACGGACGCGCGCAGGUCUGUGCGGUCUGUCACUGCUUCCUCACGGAGCAAUGGAACUCCUUCGAGCGCAGCAGGACGCCCAUCGACAAACGAAUGUACUGGUUAAAGCGGCCAUACCAAUGUGACUCCCGGAGAGUACCGCAGGAGUGGAACAUGUCUUAUGAUGCCGAGAGAAGGAUCAGUGUGGGCAGCCAAAACUACGACGGAGGUGCAGAGUCGGACUUCUCAUCCUUUUCGGAAUCUGACCCAGAGAUGGAUUUAGUGGAAAAGGCUGGAAGGGACAAGUAUUAUAAACCCUCUGGAAAAUAUGUUCGCGAUAACAACAGAAACAAUAUAAUCAGUGUUAAAAAGAGCCCCGAGUCACAGAGGUGCUCCAUUGGUGUUUACGGGGCAUCUCCAAUAGGGGAGAAUGCACUCGCUGGAAGACAGGCUCCAAAGGGUAUAAAUAAUACAUCACAACAUUCUCCUGGUAAGUCCCAACUGAGACCUCCACAGGAGCAAUGCCAUCUUGACACUCGGGUCCCUGACGCACCUGUGCCGGACAACCGGGUCAUUGUACGCAACAGGCGAUGGCUGGAGGAGAGUCCUGUCAAACACGCAGAGCCUCGUCACACUCAGAGGAACUAUCCUUCAUCCAGGCAUGUGUCCCAGCUGUUGCAGGGAGAAAACAAAGAUUACACUGGAGCCGUCACCACUGGCACCAAAAGGAAAAACACGCCUGGCAGCUCUGAAGAGGACGAAAUUAACAUUACAAGUGAUGAUGAAGGGAUGUUUGAACGCAAAACUCUAAGUAGAUAUCAUAAACCAGCUGACAGAAUGGUCUCACCAAAAAAGUCCGCUCAGGGUCCAGAUGAGUAUGCAUGUUAUGUGUGUGGCGAAGACCUCAGACAUGACAACCACUUUAUAGUGAGUGUUCAAAAACAGGAAAGAGCUCAGAGUGAGCCCUUCUUCCCCUUUUUGUGGCUGCACACUCCACCACAGGGAGCUGUGCCCAUCAGUGCAGCAGGUACCACUCUGGUGUGCAGUCGCUGCCACUCCUCCCUCAUGCAGCAGUGGCAAAGCUUCCAGCUGGCUGAUGUGCCUGUGCUGCAGAGACUUUAUGUAGUUCCCCUUAACCCUGAUGCCACAUGUGACCCUCCUCAGGCCUGUAACCCAAUCAAACACACAGCUGAGCAUGAGGUGUGUUACCUUUGUGGUCAGGGAUGUGCUCUGGACUUGAGCUUGGUAUACACACAACCUGGAGUCGCAGGAAAAGAGCAUCAGCUUCAUGUCAACCCGCCCGGACGCUGCGGGGAAAGAGAGCCAUUCUUCCCGUUCCUCACAGUGCACCCUCCCGCUCCUCGCGCCAAACCCAUAGACUCCACUGGCCUGGUGUCUGCCUGUACCCUCUGCUAUCAUGACCUGCACGGACAGUGGGACAAAUAUGAGAGCAAAGGCUCUCAUUCUGUGUCCAACAUGUGCAGUGGCACCACCCCUCAGUUGCCCAGCUCCCCUUGGGCACGCCAGUACAGCUGUGAGGCCUUUGUGUGCUUCUUUUGCAGGCAGGAGCAGCGCAGACAGGGCAGGCUGUGUAUGGUGGUGAUGGCGAGACUGCCAGUGUUUCUGUACGCACCUCAGAGUGCACACAUGCUGCUGGUUGAUGAUGGGAGCAAGCUGGUCAUCGGGGCGUGUGUGGAGUGUAAGGCGAUGGUGCAGGUGGGACAGAGUACCCAGCAGGAGGAGAGACAUGGAGCUACUGGUGCAGAUAAGAACGAGAUACAAGUGCAGCCAGCAAACCCUCAGCCAAGGCACAAGGCCGUAACUGAACCCCCCUCUGGCCUCAGCCAAGAGCCUGAUCCUGGCGCAGGACCAUCAAAACCGGCUGCAGACCUCCCUUCUUCCCGCUCCAAACCCUUGACCUCAGAGACAGAGGCCAGUGAACGAUCAACUUCCACGGUGAGGCGGUGGGGCUGCAGAAGCACAGGGUCUGGUCUGGGUCUGGUCAGGCUCAGAGGGAUUGGCAGUGACGUGUGGUGCUGUAGCCGGGACUCCCCCUGCAGCCUGUGGCUCCACGCUGGCUAA